AUGAAGCCCUUUAAGCCUACACACGUGUGCCUCGCAUUCGAGAUGGCUUUGGCUCGUUUUCUUCUUCUUUAUGGGUCGGCCACCUUCGAGGAAAAAUUGGCGGAAGAAAUGGAGCGCCUGGAGUCAGAGAAGCGGACGUGGAACAGCGACAUUGGCCUCCAGGCGGCUGCCAAGUCGAAGCAGCAGAAAGUGGGGGGCUCUUCUCCAGCGAUGCAGCAAGCAGCAUGCACAACUGCGCCGCUGCGCACGACCGCCGUGCCAGCUACGACCGGGGCCUUGGAAGCUACAGCUUCACCGGCGAUGCCAAGCUCCUGCUCGCAAGGCGCCGGCGCCGCAGCAGACGCUGGCGCUCAGUCCACUCCGCCUUCUUCCCUACCUCCAGACGCUGGCAAGCGUGAGCGUGGCGAGCGCGGUGGGAAGAGGAAGUCAUGGUACUGCAAGUGGUUCUAUGAUCCGACGCGAGGGAAAAGAAUCUGUCCGCACACGCGCAUAGUGCUUCGGCUAGCAUGA